UCGACAGUGUACAUCGUAUGCACCGUAGUGCAGCAAAGUGUAUUGCAACCUGUUCUUUCACCUAUUAUUAUUAUUAUUACUGUUCGUUGUUCAUCAUCAUCUUUCGUUAUUAAUUAUUAUUAUUAUUAUUAUUAUGUACCCAAGUCCUAAUGUACAUCGUCGUUUUAUUUUGAUGUACUUCCGUAACCGUUACUGGACAUUGGUGUAGUACACACGUCUAGUCGUGCAGUGUUUAUUCAUAACAUAAUUAAUCGUUUUCGAUUUACGUGAAAAUGUACUGGGUCUCGUUCUCAUUUUAUUCAAUUUCCGUCUAGUUGUUUGGUUUUAAAAUGCUCGAAAAAUGUAUUUUGUUCCAAACUUUAGUGUACUUGAUGAAGUUUAAUCGAUAUUGAUUUGUUACGCUGUGUUUUUUUGAAAAUUAAAAUGAACUACAUAUUUUGGACUUUUUUACUUAUUUCUUCUUCCUAUGCUGAUGAUUUACCAGUGUUCAAUAAGUAUAUGGAUAAUGAAGCUCUUUCUGAAAACAUUCCAGUAGGUCAAUCUAUUUACAAACUUGAAGGAGUUGAUUCUUUUGGAAAUGAAAAUGAUCUAUUAUACGGUAUAGAAGGAACUGAUCAUUUGGUUGUUGAUUCUAAUACUGGAGUUGUUACUGUUGCAAAACCAUUAGAUCACGAGGAAAGUGAUACAUUAAAAUUUACUGUAACUUUGCAACAAAAAAACUCUGGUGAUGUUGUUCGACUUCCUAUAUCUGUGAUUAUAUUAGACGAAAAUGAUAAUGCGCCUACAUUUGUACAUACCCCUUAUGAAGGUAUGGUGAAUGAAGAAUCUCAAAUUGGUACUACUGUAUUUAAAUGGAUCCAUGUUGAAGAUGUAGACAAAGUUGGUGAACCUCUUGAAGUUAGAUGUGAAUCAGUUUUCCAGAAUGAUGAUGGAUGUUCAAAAUUCAAAAUACAACCAUUGAAUGUUAGUGAAAGUUACUAUUUGGGAGUUUUAGUUGUAAAUGGAGAUAUACAAUAUUCAGAAACUCAGUUUUACAAACUGUUUUUAAUUGCUAGCGAUGGUGUACAUGAAACCAAAAUAAAUUUAGAUAUACAUGUUAAAGACAUUCAAAACAUGCCUCCUGUUUUUCAUGGAUCUCUUACUACUGUAAUUAGUGAAGAUAUAUCAGUUGGAACUCAUAUUUUAACAGUAAAUGCAAAAGAUGGUGAUAGAGGUGAUCCAAGAAGUAUUGUUUAUGACUUAAUACAAAAUCCUAUGGAUUAUUUUUCUUUAGAUGGCCUAUCAGGUAAUUUAAGUACUGCUAAACCAAUAGACCGAGAAACUUUAACUAAUAAUAAUGGUAUCAUUACAUUAACUGUUCGAGCUAGAGAAAUUUUUAAUGGCUCAGCUUUGGAUGACAAAUUAAGUUCAUCCACUGCAAUUAUUACAAUAACUAUACAAGAUGUUAAUGAUGAACCACCAGUCUUUAAUAAGCGAGACUAUUUUAUCUCAAUACCUGAAAAUAUAGCUCCUGGUACUCCUUUACCCAACUUAAACAUGAGUGUUACGGAUUUAGAUUUAGGUGCAAAUUCAGAAUUUUCAUUGCGGUUACACGAUGAGUCAAAAUUGUUUGUUGUAGAACCAACCAAAGCUAUUGGUUCAAUAGAUGUUGGAAUAAAAUUAGCAAAUAAUGUGAAAUUAGACUAUGAAGAUCCUAAUCAAAGAAAGUUUAUUGUUUUGGUAAUAGCAAGUGAACCAAGUGAAAAAUAUGAUUUAACUUCGACAGCUACACUUACAAUUCAAGUAACAGAUGUUAAUGACAAUCCUCCAGAAUUUGACAACAAUGCUUACACUCUUACAGUAAAUGAAACAGCUACGCCUGGAACCAUAAUAGGAAUAGUUAAAGCAACUGAUAGAGAUAGUAACCCAAAUAUUGUUUAUACAUUAAAUGGACCUUCGGCUGAUAAGUUUAAUGUAGAAAAAACCACUGGUGUAAUAUCUGUUGCACUCUGUUCAAAUGUUGGGAAACCACCAUGUUUAGAUUAUGAAACACAAUCAAAUUAUUAUUUAACUUAUAUAGCAACUGAUGAUAAUGGUAAUGGACAAUCAAAUUCAGUAACUAUAAUGAUUUUGGUUACCGACAGUAAUGAUAAUCCACCAACUUUUAUUCAACACUCUUAUACAAGUCUCAUUGAUGAAGGAGUAACAACAUUUGAACCUCCUCUUAUUGUUCAAGCUAUUGAUGCUGAUAAAUCAUCAUCAAUUUUGUAUUCAAUAAUAUCUGGAAAUGAAAGACAUUUAUUUAAAAUAGAUCAAAGUAGUGGAGAAAUAUUUAUUUCAUCUCCUGAUGGACUUCAAAGAUCAAAAAAUAAUAUAACACUUAUUAUAAGUGCAAGUGAUGGAGUUUAUAAUGAUGAAGCAACUGUUAACAUUGUUGUAUUAGAUGUUAAUAAUAAUAGUCCACAAUUUUUAUUGGAAUCUUAUAAUGUUUCUAUUCAUGAAAAUGAACCCAUUGGUUUUAGUGUUAUUAGAGUUGAGGCAAUAGAUGAGGAUUUCGAUAUGAAUGCAAAUCUUACGUAUCACAUACAAGAGGGUUCUUUUAACCAUUUUGCUAUUGACCCUAUUACUGGACUUAUUUAUACUUCAUCAAAACUUGAUUUUGAUCAACAUUCAAAUUAUGCCAUUAAAACAUUGUCAAUUGAUAAAGGCACACCUGCAUUAACUGGAAGUACAACAGUAUUCAUAAAUAUAAUUAAUGUAAAUAACAAGAGUCCAGAAUUCACUCCGAUAAUACAGCGAACUGAGGUGUCUGAAGAUGUUCCUGUUGGUACAGUUAUAUAUCGUCUUAUUGCUCAUGAUCCAGAUACUAGUGAUGAAAAUGCCUUAAAUUUCUCAUUAGAUUCUUCAGAGAUCACUGGGUUUAGCAGCAAUGGAAACCAAUUGAAUAAUAAUUUAGAUAUUAAAAAUUGGUUUAAAAUUAGAGCGUCUAAUGGUGAUGUAAUAAUAGCCAAACCCAUUGACAGAAACAUUGCAGCUAUUGUUAGUCUAUCAGUUGUAGUUACUGAUACAUCAGCUCCAGACAUUCAACAGUCUAAAGGAACACUUAUGGUAACUAUAAUAGACAUAAACGAUAUACCACCAGUAUUUAAUCCACCUUGGACUAAAGAGAAUCCAUAUUAUACUGUAUCAUGUCCAGAAGAACAACCACUUGGUACUGUUAUUGCAAAAUUUAUUGCAACUGAUGACUCAGGAAUUGAUUAUUAUGAUAUUAUACCAGAGAAUCCAUUUAUUGAUGUAAAUCGGACAUCAGGAGUUAUAUUCACAAAAGAAAAAAUUGAUUUUGAAACUAUUGAAAAUAUUGAUCUUAAUUUGAUUGUUUACGACACUGGUCAUCCCCAACUUUCAACAACUGCUACUAUAUUUAUAAAAAUUACUAACAUAAAUGACAAUACUCCAGUUUUUAAUCAGACUGAGUAUAAAGCAGAAAUAGAAGAGAAUGCACCAGUUGGAACUUUUGUUACAAUUGUAAUUGCUACUGAUGCUGAUAAGGGAUUGUUUGGAUUAGUUCGUUACUCCAUCAUUGGCAAUAAAUAUGGUUUCAUUAUUGAUCAAGACACAGGAAUUGUAAAAGUUAAUGAUUCUAGUUUUCUUGAUCGUGAAGUAACAUCUGAUUUUAUGUUAACAAUACAAGCUAAAGAUGAAGCUCCGCCUGGUUUGACAAAAACUGCUGAAGUAUUGUUAUAUAUUAAACUAAUUGAUGUGAAUGAUAAUCCACCACAAUUUGACCCAAAAGAUUAUUCAUUGUCUAUUAUUGUCUCAACUCCUACAACACCACUUAUGCAAUUGAAAGCCAUUGAUAAAGAUCUGAAUUCAAAAUUGAAAUACUCUAUUAUAUCAGGAAAUAGAGAUUUAUUUACCCUUGAUAAGGAUUCUGGAUUUUUAUACUCAGCUAUGUCUUUGAAUGGUAAAAAAGGCGUUUAUUUGAUUGAAGUUGAUGUUUUUGAUGGUAUUUUUCGGGAUCAAGCAAAUAUUAACAUUACUGUAUUAGAUGUUAAUCAAAAUCAACCAGUAUUUGUUCAUCCAUCCGCUAAUAAUUCCACUCUAUCUAUUCUAGAAGAUGUUAGUGUUGGAACAUCAAUUAUAACAGUUUGUGCUGAAGAUAAAGAUUUUGGAGAAAAUGGCAGGGUGACUUAUUUUUUCAAAGUUGCAAAUUCAAAUGCUCAACAGACUGAUGAAUUUACUAUUAAUACUGAAACAGGACAGAUAAAAACUCAAAUUUUACUUGAUUAUGAAACUAAAUCAUCUUAUCAAUUGGUUCUAGUUGCACGAGAUCAAGGAUCACCAACAUGGCACGAAUCAUUGAAACUUCUCACAAUCAAUUUAAUUGAUGUUAAUGAUAAUAAACCUCGAUUUCCUAUACAAGAUAAUCAUAAACCAUUAUAUACAUUUUAUGUAAAAGAAAAUAAUAGACCUCAGUAUAAGAUUGGUCAAAUUAAAGCAACUGAUUUAGAUCAAGGUGAAAAUGCACGUAUUUAUUAUUAUUUAAUAUCAAAUAUAUCAGUUCCAUUUAUUGUGGACCGUAUUGAUGGAACUAUUUAUGCAAAUGAUACAUUAGAUAGAGAAAAACAGAGUUCAUAUGAAAUUAUUGUUAAAGCUUCAAAUGAUAACGAUUAUCAACAAAAAAAUGAUGGAGAAGAAGACGAUUAUAGUUUGGCUAAAGUAUUAAUUUUGGUAACAGAUGAAAACGAUAAUGCCCCAGUUUUUCUAUCUAAACAUUAUUAUGCCGGAGUAAAUACAAUGGCCAAAGUUGGAGAUAUUGUACUUCAAGUAACAUCAGUUGAUCUAGAUUAUGAAGAAAACAGUACAGUUGUAUAUUAUAUAGAGAAUACACAAUUAUUUAGACCAGGAUUAAACAAUUUGACAUGGUCAUCUUUACUAAAAGACCCUUUUUCAAUUGAUCAAUCGGGUCGUAUUUCUACAGCUGUAUUUUUAGCUGAGUAUAAUCAAGGACGUUUUGACUUACAAAUAGCUGCCAAAGAAAGUGCACCUCCUUAUAGAGUUGCAUCAACAAUAGUUACAGUAUGGGUGUAUGAAACCCACCAAUUAGUUAAAUUAAUAGUAUCACGUGCUCCACAAACAGUUAAUGAAGGUCGAGAACAAAUACUCUCUAGUUUAGCAAAUGUGACUAAUAUGAUUGUUGUAUUGGAUGAUGUUCGUUAUCAUGUUAACCAAUAUGGUUACAUUCAACCUGAUUGGAGUGAUGUGUAUUUGCACUUAGUUGAUCCAACAAGAAAUGAUAUAAUGUCUAGUUGGGAAGUUCUAACUAUAAUUGAUGAUAAAUAUGACUAUUUGAAAGACUAUUAUCAUAAUUUUGCUAUUGAAAAUGUUGUGCCUGCUUUGGUGGUUACUCAAAAUGAAUCAUUUGAACCUACUAUAGCUGCUUUGGUAGCUUUAUUAGUUGUAUUGACUGUUGGAUGUAUUGGUGUAUUAAUAAUUUGUUGCUGCUUCAGACAUUGGAUGUUUUCGGAAUUGGACAAUAAUUCAAUAAAGAAUGAUAUACUGAUAAAAAAAGCUGUGAUUGAUGAUCUCAGUACUACAGAAAAUCCUCUUUGGAUUGAACAAAAAUUAAAGUUAUAUGAAGAACAAGAAUUAACUAUGCAAGUUUUUUGUGAUAUAGAAAAUAAAGAAAUACCAAUAAAUCAAGAUAAUAUCGUGGGAGAUAAUACAUACGCAACAAUACGGCGCCCUUCUCGCCGUGGCUCUAUAAAUACAUUAUUGACAAUGACACCUGGUGAAUAUGCUACUUUGGGAGGAUCUGUCUUACCAUUGCCUCCUGAUGGAGGCACUUCUCAUAGUCAACAAAUGUUUGAAGCUUCACUUGGAUUUCAAGGAUCUACAUUCCAAGUCCCAGAUUCUGCUUUAGAUACUAGUAAUUUGCUAAUAAACAACUCCGAUAUAUAAUAUAACAUUGAUAUUUAUAAAUUUAUAAAUCAUUUUAUUAUAUUUACUGUAUUUAACAUCACUAGA